UAUGAGGAGGAAGUGAAAGGGGAAGAGAGAAACCGAGAAGGUAGCAGACAGUUAGCUCGCUGGCAGGCUAGCCGUGUAACAUAGUGCCAAAUUUACCAACUGUUGAUCAGUUGCCGCUUCCAUUUGCGAUACAUUUGGUGAUUGUUGCCAAAAAAUAGUUAAAAUUCUGUUAAAAUAACAUCUGCUGAGGCAACGAUUUGAGUGCCAGCGAGCUAGAUAGCCAACGCACCGCCUAGUUAGCUGUCAGCGCUAGCAGCAGCUAGCCUGUUAGCCCGCACAGCCCAGCCGGCAAGAAGUCGCCUUCUGUCUGGAAGCACCUCAAAUUUGAAGAAUGACCUCCAGGAAGAAAGUGCUCUUGAAAGUCAUCAUCCUGGGAGAUUCUGGUGUUGGAAAGACCUCCCUGAUGAACCAGUAUGUGAACAAGAAGUUCAGUAACCAGUACAAAGCUACAAUAGGUGCAGACUUUCUGACAAAGGAGGUGAUGGUCGACGACAGGCUUGUUACCAUGCAGAUCUGGGACACAGCAGGCCAGGAGAGGUUCCAGUCCUUGGGUGUGGCGUUCUACCGUGGAGCAGACUGCUGUGUGCUAGUGUUUGACGUGACCGCGCCCAACACCUUCAAGACGCUGGACAGCUGGAGGGAUGAGUUUCUCAUCCAGGCCAGCCCUCGAGACCCGGAGAACUUCCCCUUUGUAGUGCUCGGCAACAAGAUCGACCUGGAGAACAGACAGGUAACCACCAAAAGGGCUCAGGCUUGGUGUCAGAGUAAGAACAACAUUCCCUACUUUGAGACCAGCGCCAAAGAAGCCAUAAACGUCGAGCAGGCAUUCCAGACAAUUGCACGCAACGCCCUCAAACAGGAGACGGAGGUGGAGCUCUAUAACGAAUUCCCGGAGCCCAUCAAACUGGAUAGAAAUGACAGAGCCAAGCCUUCAGCAGAGAGCUGCAGCUGCUGAGGGGCAAUCGGGACCAUCUCUCUCUCUCUCUCUCUCUCUCUCUCUCUCUCUCUCUCUCCCCCUCUCCCCCCCAUCCAUCACCUGCACCUCGCUCCCAGGGAACACCCCUUCCCGGCCAGUCUUCCUGCUUCAUUCCACCCAUCAUGCAAUGCUCCCCCUCACGUAGUGCACAAACCAUUGGUGUACAUCACGCAAGAGGAGAACAGCGCCCCCUCCACCCCGACACUCAGUAGUGAGACAUCAACUUGUUGGACCCCAAUUGGGAACUCCUAACUGGACUGGUUGGUGCUUUUUUUAAUGUCCGCAUCCCAAGAAGCCCAUUAGAUCUUUCUCUUCACUCUCUCUCACCCAUCACCUUCAACUGUGUACACACACACACACACACACACACAUAAAUAUAUAUAUAUAUAUAUAAAUGACAUAUAUUUGAAUUGGCAGAUGUUACUCCUCAAGCCAAUCUAAAACUCUUUUUCUUUGUUUUGUUUUUGCACUUUCUCUUGUGUUUUGCCUUGAUAUGUUAUCAACGUGGAGGGAUGACAUGUGCCGCUAUGUAUAAAUACAUAUAUCAUGUAUUCACAUGCCUUUUCUCCAAGGGUAUUCUAUCUCCUAGCACCCUCACUACAGGCCUUCAACUGCCUCGAAUAAGACACUCUUUGGAUUCCUUCCUCAUGUUCAUCUCUCAAACUCCACGCCUCAUCGCUUCUCUCACUAUCUGCUUGUAGCUCAGGUUGGCUAAAGUAUGUCAUAUUUUUAACGGAUUGUGUAUUACCAUGUAUAGACAGUAAACCAACAAAACAGGAUGAUGGGUUGAAUGGAAAUGGAUGUUAUGUCUUUCCAUUUCAACAGAAUAUCCAUCCUUCUGCCCUGAUAUUAUUCCUUCUCCUUGUAGAAAAACAAACAGAAUCACUGCAAUGCCAAUAAUGUUGUCAAUGGAAAUUUGAACAGCUAAUAAUAAAACUCUUGAAUGGA